GUACCACGCAGCUCGCGCUGGCUGGCUGGACAUCGUGCGCUUGCUACUGGAGGCCGGCUCUGACCCCAACGUCGCCCAUAAGAUGAGCGGAGAGAUGCCGCUGAUGAUGGCGGUGAGUAAGGGCGAGGAGGCGGUGGUACGGAUGCUGCUCUCACACGGCGCCGACGCCAACGCCGCGGAAUCGCAAGGACAGACCUCUCUGUACCACGCAGCUCGCGCUGGCUGGCUGGACAUCGUGCGCUUGCUACUGGAGGCCGGCUCUGACCCCAACGUCGCCCAUAAGAUGAGCGGAGAGAUGCCGCUGAUGAUGGCGGUGAGUAAGGGCGAGGAGGCGGUGGUACGGAUGCUGCUCUCACACGGCGCCGACGCCAACACCGCGGACUCGUACGGAUGGACCUCCCUGUACCACGCGGCUCUCUUUGGCCGGCUGGACAUCGUGCGCCUGCUACUGGAGGCCGGUGCAGAUCCAAACGCCGCCAAGACGAAGACUGGGAAAACGACGCUGAUGAUGGUGGUGUCGGAGGGUGAUGAGACGGUGGUGCAGAUGCUGCUCUCACACGGCGCCGACGCCAACGCCGCAGACUCGUACGGACACACCGCCCUGUACAACGCGGCUUGCUCUGGCCAGCUAGACAUCAUGCGCCUGCUACUGGAGGCCAGUGCAGAUCCAAACGCCGCCGAGACGCAGACCGGGAAGACGCCGCUGAUGAUGGCAGUGAGUAAGGGCAAGGAGGCGGUGGCACGGAUGCUGCUCUCACACGGCGCCGACGCCAACGCCGCGGACUCAUAUAGAGAGACCACCCUGCAUAUGGCGGCUCGCUCUGGCCAGCUGGACAUCAUGCGCCUGCUACUGGAGUCCGGCGCGGAUCCAAACGCCGCGCACUUGUACGGACAGACCUCCCUGUACCACGCAGCUCGCUUUGGCCGGCUGGACAUCAUGCGCCUGCUAAGCGGGGAGACGCCGCUGAUGAUAGCGGUGAAGGAGGGUGAUGAGGCGGCGGUACGGAUGCUGCUCUCACACGGCGCCGACGCCAACGCCGCGGACUCGUACGGAUGGACCUCCCUGAUUUACGCGGCUUGCCUUGGCUGGCUGGACAUCAUGCGCCUGCUACUGGAGGCCGGCGCCGAUCCAAACGUCGCCGAUAAGGAGCACGGGAGGACGCCGCUGAUGAUGGCGGUGAGUAAGGGCAAUGAGGCGGUGGUGCGGUUGCUGCUCUCACACGACGCUGACCCCAAAGCCGCGAACUCGCAUGGACAAACCUCCCUGUACCACGCAGCUCGCUCUGGCCAGCUGGACAUUAUGCGCCUGCUACUGGAGGCCGGCGCCGAUCCAAACGUCGCUGAGACGAAGAGCGGGGCGACGCCGCUGAUGAAUGCGGUGAGGGAGGGCGAGGAGGCGACGGUGCGGAUGCUGCUCUCACACGGCGCUGACGCCAACGCUGCGGACUUGUACGGAUGGACCUCCCUGUACCACGCAGUUCGCUCUGGCUGGCUGGACAUCGUGCGCCUGCUACUGGAGGCCGGUGCCGACCCCAACGUCGCCCAGAAGAUGAGCGGAGAGACGCCGCUGAUGAUGGCGGUGAGUAAGGGCGAGGAGGCGAUGGUGCGGAUGCUGCUCUCACACGACGCCAACCCCAACGCCGCGGACUCGCAGGGA